AUAAUAUACAUCAAUUUAUUUAUUAACACUUUCAUUGAUACGACUGUGUCCAGAUAAACCACCCUGUUUUUGACCAUUGCGAAAUAUCAUUGAAAAUGUGGAGUUUUUACAAUUAUUAUCAUCAUAUUUUUGUAUAACAAUCAUGAAAAAUCUUUAGUUAGGUCAGAUGAGGGUAGCUAUAUAAUCAUUAAUUCUCAUGUAGUCUUCUAGUUAUUUUAUUUGUUUUUCUAUUCAGUCAUUUUAAUUCUGAUAUUUGUAGAUCCAUGGGGGUUCAUGUAUGAUGUAAUUUUUUUGUAGGUACGGAACUACUCAGGAUUGAGGCAAAAGAGGCAAAGUUUCGAUCUUGAUGAGCUAUUAGGAAGUUCGUCUCCCUGGCCUCCUGUCACUAGUCCUGGUCAGAAUUAUGGGGAGGAUGAUAGAGAAACAGGCUUAGGUGAGUGGGUAGAUAAGGUCAUGGUGAACAAGCAAGAAGCUCAUGGAGUUCACAACCCUUCAGGACAUUGGGAAGCAGACAAUGGACACAUGUCUGAUGUAUUUGGUCAGAAAUAUCUCUCAGAUUCUUCCAAAUUAUACAUGGAACCAUCAUAUAAUAUAUUCACAGGAAGCAACCAGUUUGACAUUGCUACUAGUGAUGAUUUGGAUGAGCUUGAUGCUGGCACUAGUGACUCAUCGGAGCCUGAUUUGCUUUGGCAAUUCCAUCAUGCCAGACUUACCAACUUAACUAAUGGGAUGGGCUCAAAGAUUCAGAAACCGAAUCCAAAGCCAGCAAAGAGCCCAGAACUAAGCCGGAAUGUGAUUCCUAAAUUAGGCCCUUCACAAUCACAUAAAUUGUCAAACGGCAUUGGCCCCAACUCUCAACGGAGUGGAAGGCAGGAAAUCCCUACUGAAGCUAAACGGAAAACUGGGAAUAGAAAAUAGAGGGUAGAUUGUAUGUAGCAGAAUUAUUAUUUUUAUUUUUUUAUAAUUUUUUGUUUCUAUAUCUGAUGGUGAGGUGAGUGUGUGAGAGGUGAGGUGUUUCUAUAAUAUAG